GUAAGGGUAUUAAGAUAUAAGUAAGAAUUGUAUCACAUGUAAUUGUUUGGUUAUAACUUGUAUACAUGCAGAAAAAAACAAUUAAAGGUUCGGCCAACCCUUUAAUCGAUAAAAUUUCACCCGCGCAUUGAGAGUGUACCAUGCACAUAGAGUGUCUCAAUCUCAUAUAGUUCUACUUCUAUAUAGAGGUAUGAAGAGAAGCAAGAAGUUACAGCAUCGUGUGUGUGACAAUAAAUGUAUGGAUAUGUAUAAAAUGUGCUGAAAUACUGAAUGUACGCAUACAUAUUACGUAGUAUACGUACAAUCUACCAGUACUCAUUACUCAAGUACUCAGUACCCAAACCCAACUACCCACCCACACUACCUACAUACGUCAAUAAAAAGUGUGACCGUGCCAUGCCGUUCUAACCAAAAACAGGAGAGACUAGACUACAGACGACAACGAAAUACACAUUAGAUGUGUAUAUAUAUAGUUGGCGGCUGUUGGUGAAAAGCAGAAAGCGGAAAGCUUGUAACAACACAUCGUUCUUCCACUUUUUUUUCUCCCCAAGACUCUCUCUGUUUUCGUCAUCAGCUGACGCAAAUGCACAUCACCAGUAGUAGUUGCAGAACGCUAGCACUUGGCUGUUUCUGCUGCUGCCACCGGAUGAGUUGAUGCUGCGCCCGGGGCCCAAGACCCACGACGACGAGAGCUGAGCUGAGCUCUCGCGCGUAUUUAUAACUUUGAGCAUCCACACCCAGCCUUUGGCUUAUAUUUUCAUUCUUAUCUGUGUACGUUCAAUUGUAAAGAUGCCGGUGCCACUUAUGGAUCAGCUACGUGAUUACGGCUGGUACCUGACGGAGCAGGGUUUGGAGAUAGCCACUGACUAUGGUAGCAUCACCGACGCACACAAAGUCAUAAAACGUGCAGUUGACUGCGACUUGAAAGAAAUUGGGAGCGGUGAAGGAAGCUACCUGCAGAGUGAUUUGGUUGUGCAGAUACAAAAGCUGCGCAACAUAUCUGCACCAAAAUACAACGAGGAGUCUCGUGGGGCUCCCAGGAUGCUCAAGUUUUCCCUGACCGAUGGCAAAAACAAUUAUCAAGCCAUCGAAAUUGAACAUAUAUCCAACAUCAGUUUAAAUACACCUCCAGGAACGAAACUGAUAAUCAAAAAGCAAAGUACUCCCUUUUUAUCUGGGAUCAUUUUGCUGUCACCAAAAGAUAUAGUUCAAGUUCUUGGGGGAAAAGUAUCACAUAUGGUUGAAAAGUGGGAACUAAACAAAAAAUUGGCUUCACACAGUAGAGUAAGAUCCGUAGAGGAAGGCGGACCACCGCCAUGGAUUCCGUUUGGCAAGAAGAUAAUCAAAAUAAUGGAGCAGGGAAAGAACUUGAAAACUUUGUCUGAGAAAGAAAAGCCUAGCGAAGAGAACGCUGAGUUUGAGGCUCAACGCAAAAAUGCCAUAGCUGAAGCUGCAAAGCAGGGCAGCAGAAAAGUGUUUGGUGGUGGGAAUAAGCAGCUUUUAGAUCACAGCGUUCAAAAAAUUGUUGAUCAAGGCUUCACGAUAGAACAAGCUGAAUACGCCUUGAAAGUAAAUCGAAACAAUGUUGACAGAGCCCUCAAAUCUUUGCUAAAAACUGACAAUAAGUCCAACAGCAAUGCUAGAGAACCACGCGAGCUUAAAAGCAAGCGUGGUGACAAAAAAUCAGAAGAGGCGGGAGGGAAGCCAAGUAGCGGCAAAAUAUCAUUGUUUGACUUUCUCGAAGACAAACUGCCAGCGCAGGCUGAAACGAUGGAGACGAGCAACUCGCAUUUUUCAGAUUCUCAUGGAAGAGACAGGAUGGACAACUAUUCCGAACGUCACCACUCCAGGGGCAACGAUUACUCUCAAUCGAGCAGAGGUGGCGGUGCUGGUAGUGGCAGAAAUGCAAAAGGCAGUAGAAACUACCAAGUACCCCCAAGACACCAGGACGAAGGUAGAUCCAACAAGUAUUCAAACAAUAACACUAACUCUACCAACCAACCUUAUGGACAGUACUCUCAGAAAAAUAAACCGCCAAGGUUCCAGCGCAAUCAAUCCUCGAAUCAAAAUUUACACCAGGACAUGCAGAAUCUGAACUUGAACCAGAACUACUCUAGUUACCAGCAGCAGCAGCCCGAUCCGAUCGGUACGUACAGCAAGUUCCCCCAGGUGGGUGAAUUCAGAAACUCGAUGCCAACGGUACCACCAUUCCCGCAAAACAGACAAGAUUCUGUCACGCCUCGCGAUUUUCCGGGUGGUGCUUUUAAGCAGAAUCUUCAGGACUACUCGAACCACCAGGAUUACCAGACUAAAGUGGUCAACAACAGUCGCAAUCAAAACUAUCGGGCACCUGAGAUGGAUCAUUCGUUUUACCAGCCCAGUUUGAUGGAUAACAGAAGUAUGAAGGUGCCUCAGCAGCAUCAGCAGCAAAACCGCUAUUACAGUUCCGUGAAUGACAACGUGGACUUUCAGGGUAUGCCUGGUGUCAACACCCACAAAAACAGUGGUUUCCACAACAACAGCAACAGGAAUGACGAGACGUUAGGCGGCACCUGGAUGUGGCGAGUUGGCGACAGGUGCAUGGCAAAGUAUUGGGAAGACAAUAUGUAUUACAACGCUGAGGUGACGGCGGUAUCAAAAACCACGUGCGUUGUUCAGUUCAAAGAUUUCCACAAUUACGAAGAAGUUCUCCAGUUGGACUGUAUACCGAUCACGGAUGAUAACGUGCAGAUGCCAAGUUUGGGACUAGACAAUAACCGAAGGUCGGAUCAUCGCUCGAACAACCGACCUCCCCGUUUCGAGCACAACCAGAACAAUGUUAAUUCCACGGAGUAUCGACGAGGUGGUAGCGGUGGUGGAGGUGGAGGGUCCGGUAGUGGUAUGAAGGUCUACCGUAAGCGAGGCCAGCAGCGUACCGCUCAGCCGAUAUAUCAGCCACCAGCACAGCGAGGCGCACCUGCUUACCUUCCUCAGAAUACAUAGGAUUUCCUUGCCGAUGUCGAGUCUACUUUAGCAUUACCUUUUUUCUCUCGACGCUGAAGGCGCGAGAUGUUGCUUAUGUGGGUGAUGUUCACCUAAUUAGGUAGAUAAUGACAGUAGGGAAAUUUUUAUUGUUUUAUAAAGUGAUUUUUUUUUUUUCGAGCAGAUGUACAUUCGUGAUGUUUGGGAUGAUAAAGUGUCUUGAACGAGUAUAAAAAAAAGUUUAUUUAUUCAAUUCGAUGAUUUAUUACACGAGAGUUUGUAUUUUUUGCUUCUUUUUUUUUAUGACAGUGUUCAUGAUUUAAGCCUUAGGAAAGGCCAAGCUUGAAGUUGAAUUUUUAAUGAUAGAUAUAUUGUUGACAUUUAACACAAACAUCCUAUACUAUAAUACUCACUUUGAAUAACUUGAAAAAAAAAAGAAAUAUAAAGAUAAUAAAAGUGUACGACGAUCUUGUUACAAUUGUCUUCUUCACUGUAGGAGUUACAAACUAUGACUAAAGGAAAUAAAGUAGUUAGGUUGUUGAUGUGAAACUUUUUACGGUCGCAUUAUACGUAAAUGAAUUACAAAAGGUAUAACUUGAAUGCUGUGUACUCAUGCAGCGAUUCGAAAUAAAACGAGCAAUCUUUUUCGAGUUGCAUAUUAUCUAAAGCAAUCAAAAACAGAACAUAAGUGCGUACUGGCUGCACGCGCAAAAACUCAGCUCUCUGUAAGACAGGCAUGAAUUUUGUAAUAAUAUUUAUUAAACGAGGUUCCACGACA